GAUAAUUAAAAUUAAUAAAAACUAAUAAAACUUAUAUCUGCUAGCAAUAUUUAUAAAAAGUAUUAACAAUUAAUAAUUUCAGAAUAAUUUUCAAUUCAUUCAUAUUUUAGAAUGUAGCAUGAUAAGAGUAUGCAGAAUAAACAGUUUUUAAAGGAAGAAUUAUCUUAAUACUUAAAAGAGAAAAAGCAACUUUCUUAGUUUUCUUAUAAUUUGAGAGCUAUUUAAAAUAAAGAUAGCAUUUCAGAGUUCAGAAGAUUUAUCUCAGUUCCUAACAGUUAGCUAACAACAAGCUUAAAUUUAGGUCAGAAUAGCACUAAGCAUUCUUAAGGAUUAUCACCUAAAGUAGAACAAUCCCCAUAUUUGAAAAAUAAUAAAUCGUCAAUCUUUAACUUUUAUAGAAAUGACUCUCUUAUCAACAAGCAUUAAAAGCCAUAGGAUAUUUUUAAAAGUACUAUAAAAUUAAAAACAGAAGGAGUAGAUAUGAUAACUCCAGCAUAUUCACCAAAAAAAGAACCUCUCAAAUAAGAAAGCAAUUAAAAGCAAGAUUAACUAAAACUACCACCAAUUAAUAAUAAAAAAAAAAAUAAGAUAGGUCCUAAUUUAUCUUUAAAUCUAAAACACCUGCUUAUAGAAUCACCAUAUACAAAGCAAAUUAAAAAAUAUGAAAUGAUUUUUUAAAAGAAAGUAUUGUCAAAGAGAAAUCAUAAUUUUGGGAACUCAGUUGAUUAAGUAAAAUUAAGCGAUUAAGAGAAAAAAAGUGAGUAAUAAUCUGUGUAAAUAAAUGAAUAAGUUUAAGAAUAAAAGAAAUAAAUUGAGAGUGAUACUUAAUAAUAUUAACAAUAGGAAUCUGAAGGUGAAAAACACUAAAAUAACUAGCAUGAGAAUUAAGCACAUCAAAAUUCUUAAUGA